AUGUCUUCGUCCCCACUUGAAGUAUUGGCGCAGCUGUUCGCACGAGGCGAAGAUGAGAUUGAGGAGUUGGUCAAGCGAGUCAACAUCCCCAUCAACAGCACGACACCUCCACUGCUUAUCGAAGCCAUAAAACAGGAUCCUUUCACCGAUGCAGCAAAGUAUGGCUUGCUGUAUACAUAUGUGGGAAUCAUCCUGGUGGUGACGACAACCUUGACCCGCCUUUAUUACUACUGGGGCGACAAGAUCCGAACAGCUCUCUACAAGGAAGAAGUCAUCAACUCUGCCAGCACCGUCUCCCCCUUUGGCGCGUCACCUUCACCAUACAAUAUGUACGGGAACUACGAACUCCCUAGUGCCGCCAGCGAGAUGACCGAUGCCUCGCAACGACACUUCUUUCCUUCCAGAGGCCCGCUUGUGCACGAGAAGCCGAAGCAGCAAGCUGCUGUGUCUGCCAUCGCACCUCUUAAUAACACAAUCGCCUUCUUCAGAUGGAUUUUCUACAGACCUAUUCCUCCAGUUCGUAUUGCCAAGAGGUUCACUUUUAACUUUCCCUCUCUCGGCGUCCUUGUCAUCGUGGCAAUCUGUCUAGUGGCCUCCUUGCUCUAUUGCUUCCUGCCUCAGCCACUCUUCUAUGAGACCAUGGCCUACGGAUCCCCUCCAUUGGCAAUCCGUGCCGGAAUGAUGUCGGUUUCCCUCUUACCGUGGGUUGUCGCCUUGGCCACAAAGGCCAAUCCGAUUUCCAUGGUAACUGGAAUUAGCCAUGAACGACUAAUUGUCCUUCAUCGAUGGACGGCAUACCUGUGCGCCAUCUUCGGUAUCAUCCAUGCCGUUCCAUACUGGGUGCAAUCCAUGAAAGACCCCGAAGGCUUCGCAACGUUCAAACUCUACUUCCAUCAAAAUUGGUACAUCUUCACCACGGGUAUCGCGGCAUUAGCACCUCUCCUCUUUCUGACUCUCCAUUCACUUCCGAUCCUCCGUGCUCGAGCAUACGAACUGUUUGUCAUCCUCCAUAUCCCGGUUGCGUGGGCUUUCAUUGGUCUACUCUUCUGGCAUUGUAAUAACUAUCUGACAUCAUGGGCCUAUCUCUACUCGACAGUUGUCUUGAUGGCCUUGUCCAUGUUUGCUCGCCUGUUCUACUUGAACUGGAUGAAUCCCCUACGCUCCUCAUGGCUGAUCGGAGAGGAGUCCGCUGUCACCAUACUGCCAGAGGGUGCCCUUAAGGUGACCAUCCCCACUCAGAAAAGAUGGCGUCCAGGUCAAUACGUUUAUUUGAGGAUGCCAGCGAUCUCGGUCUUGGGAAAUCAUCCGUUCACCAUCUCCUCUCUGUGCAGCAUGGACUUUCCAUCCGAAUAUGGCGAACAGUAUCGAGACAUGACCCUAGUAUUCAGACCAUUUGCAGGAUUCACCCGAAAGGUUCGUGAAACUGCCCUUAAGAAGGGAUCAUACAAGACGUACAGAGCUUUCGUCGAUGGGCCUUAUGGCGGUAUGCACCGACAAAUGGCCUCUUUUGACAACGUCAUCUUCUUCGCAGGUGGAAGUGGUAUCACUGCCAUUGCAAGCCAGCUCCUUGAUUUGAUCAAACGCAUGCGUGACGGCAAAGCAACGACCACCAAGGUUCAUGUUAUAUGGGCCAUGAAACGCCCCGACAUUAUGGAAUGGUUCAAAGAAGAACUACGGAUAUGUAGAGAAUGCGCCCCUCCUAAUUCCGUUCAAUGCCACUUCUACAUCACUGCCGCCAAGCGCUAUGAGCCUGAGCCCGAUAUUAAGGAGCAUCGCCUCAGUGGCAUUAGGGACAAGAUUUCGGAUGCCAUCCACAAUGCCGGAAGUAAACGCAACUCGGCUCUUGUCAUGAUGGAACAAGAGCCCGACUUGAAACGAGAAUUCGAAGAUAGCAUUACGGCGCUCCCCCAGGCCUACAUGGCACCUCCUCGUCACCUUGCUCCACCAGGACAAGAACCUCAAACAUAUUUCCCUCCACCUCCGAGUAAUCGAAUGUCGACUCUUUCACAAGCACAAGCCGAAGCAACCAGGUCAUUCGACUUUGGCUUCCCUCAAACUCCCACAAAAUUCCAGAAGAAUCUCAUGCGCUUUGCCUUCUUACCCACAAACGUUGUCAGCCAACGUCGUGACGGGUGGCGAACGGAGUACGGCCGUCCGGACAUUCCUUACAUGCUGAAAGGUCUCAGCAAGGAGUUCGGCCGUAGAACGUGUAUCUAUGUUUGUGGGCCUCCAGAGAUGCGAACUGACGUGGCCACAACAGUGGCGCGCUUGCAAAGCACCGUCUGGAGUGAUCCCAGCAAAGAUGAGAUUUUUCUGCAUGCUGAGAAUUAUGCCAUGUGA